AUGUUGUUCGCAAGAGCGUCGCGCUCCUUCGCGCGAGCGCUCUCGUCGACGCCGCGGCUGACCAAAAUCGUCGCCACCAUCGGUCCCGCCAGCGAGCAGGCCGAGCCGCUGGGCCGCUGCCUCGUGGCCGGGAUCAACGUGAUGCGCGUCAACUUCUCGCACGCGACGGUCGAUGAGUUCCACCUCCGCCGCACCAACCUGCGAGCGGCCGCGGGCGGCGAGCUCGUGCCCAUCAUGCUCGACACCAAGGGGCCCGAGAUCCGGAUGGGCGGCCUCGCGGUCUGCAAGGAGGGCGGCCGCAAGGCCAAGAUCACACUGACUGCUGGGGCAGAGGUACGACGGUGA